GACCACGGGAAAAUGGCUGAAUGAAAAGGCUGUCUAGUGACGUCACAUAAAUACAGUCUGGAAGAUUCUGACGUCACCUCUCACUUUGAAGAAGAAAGGCGCGAAAGCAGGACAUCGAAAUCUCUCCGCAUUUCAUUCACUAUUUCACACGCUCUUUACCAUGUCUGAAGAAGUUGCUGCCACCUCCACAACCCAGGAUAGUUCUCCCACUCCAGAGGUCGAUGUUGUUGCAGAUGCCCAGAAUCAACUAGCUGCUGGAAAGCGUAAUUUGGUUUGUGGCGACUUCCCAGCAGCUGUAUCAUGUCUUCAAGAAGCAGCCAAGUUGAUGAGUGAGAAGUAUGGCGAGACGGCUGAUGAAUGUGGGGAGCCAUACUUUUAUUAUGGAAAAGCUCUUCUUGAAUUAGCCAGGAUGGAGAAUGGAGUACUCGGGAAUGCUUUAGAUGGAGUCGAACCAGUUACUGCAAAAGAGGAGAAAGAGACUGAAGCUUCUACAAGCUCAGAAGACAAACAAGUAGAGAACCCCGAUACAUGUGUAGGUGAGGAAAGAGAAAAGAUUUCUGAUGAUGUAAUCGAUGCAAUGACGGAAGAAAGGCAGACAGAGAAAAAAUCAGGUGAGAAUAAGGAUGCUGAAGUAAAGCCAGCUGAAGAAAGCAAGGAUGAAGAAAUGAAAGAUGAGAGUGCUGAAAAGAAAGAAGAAACUACUGAACAGAAAAAAGAAACUGUGGAAAAGAAAGAAGAAACUGAGGAUAAGGAAAAAACAACAGAAAAGAAAGAAGAAACUACAGAAAAGAAAGAAGAAACUACAGAAAAGAAAGAAGAAACUGAGGAAAAGGAAAAAACAACAGAAAAGAAAGAAGAAACUACAGAAAAGAAAGAAGAAACUGUAGAAAAGAAGGAAGAAAUUGUUGAAAAGAAGGAAGAAACUGUAGAAAAGAAGGAAGAAACUGUAGAAAAGAAAGAAGAAACUGUAGAAAAGAAGGAAGAAACAUCUGUCGAAAUGAAAGAUGAGGAAAGUAAAGCUGAAGUUGAUGACAAGACAGACGAAACAAAGGAAGGUGAUGAUGAAGAAAAGAUGGAGACUGAGGGUGAAGGUGAGACUGAAGAGAAAGAUGAUGCUGAGGAAGAUGAAGAUGCAGGUGAUGCAGAAGAAGAUGAGGCCGAGGAGAAGAAGGAAGAUGAAGAAGACGUUACUAACCUACAGCUAGCUUGGGAAAUGUUGGAACUCGCCAAAGUCAUAUUUAAAAAACAGGCCACCAAGGACAUGCAACUAAAGGCUGCCCAGGCUCAUCUAAAGCUAGGAGAGGUUGGACUGGAAACAGAACAAUAUGAACAAAGUAUUGGAGAUUUUGAAGAAUGCUUAACAAUCCAGAAGGUGCACUUAGAGCCCUGUGACAGACUCCUAGCUGAGACCCACUACCAACUAGGCCUAGCCUACUCCUUUAACAAACAAUAUGAACAGUCCCUACAGUCAUACAAGAACGCCUCCUCAGUCAUACAAGAUAAAGUCACUCAACUCAACAAAAUAAUAGCAGAUACAGAAAAUAAAGAAGAUGAGGUGGUUAAAAAUGCCAAACAAGAAGUUGAAGAUCUGAGUGAGUUGAUCCCUGAGAUGCAGGCUAAGAUUGAAGACACUGAGGAAGAACUGAAGAAUCAGGAGAAGCUCAAAGAGAUGGUGAAGGCUGGAGCUGACUCUGCUUCUUCCAGUGGAUUCUCAGAGUCCAAGACAGCUGAACCUGCAGUCACUAUUGGCAUCAGGAAGAAGAGGAAACCUGAGGAAGAGGCUGAGCCUGAAGCUAAAAAGGCCAAGUCUGAUGAUGAAUCUAAGAUUGACUCUACUAAUGGAGAUCAUCCUAUGGAAGAUGCCAAUGGUGAUACCAAUGGUGAUGCUAAUGGUGAUACUAAUGGAAAAGCCAAUGGUGAUGCUAAUGGAAAAGCCAAUGGUGAUGCUAAUGGAAAAACCAAUGGAACUCCAAAUGAAAGUGGCGAUGCUCAGAUCAAAGUGAAGACUGUUGAGGAUGUUUUGAAGGCCAAAGAGGCUGCAGAUGCUUCUACAGCAUAAUGGAUAACAAUGGUAACUGUUUAGUGAAUAGUGAAAAGUGGACGAUACAGUGAAUGUGUGUGUGCGGCAUAGUGUCAGAACAAUUUGACAUCAGGGAGAACACUAUGGCGUAAUACUGUGACUGUGGUGUAACUUAGUUGACUAUGGAGUUCUACAGUGUAAAUAGGAUAGCUUUGGGCCCAACUGGAGUUUACGCAAUCUCAUUAGAACUCCAGCAAAAUUGGAAUAGAAGACCAACAUUG